GCUCGUUCAGCCGCUUCGUCUAAUGGCACCGACUCUCAGCCGGCACGCUGCUCCUUCGCUGUUUGAACCGAGGACACACAAGGCAGCUCUUCUCAUGGAGCCCUCUUAAAUCGCUCCACGCGAGGGAGCUGCCAAAGCGGGUGGGGGACGGCCGAAAACGGAAGGGAAAAAAAGCAAGUCCUGCGAAGAGAAGAAGCAGAAGGAGCUGCCAACCUCCGCCGCUCCUGGGUUUGCUGGCGACCCAUGCUCUGCUCGAUGGCUAACUCCGGCUGCCUCCUAGUCUCCAACUCCGCCUUGCUCCCGCACUCUCUCCCUUGCCCCCCAGCCUUCCUCUACCUCCAGCAGGGCAAUCAGGACGCCACGGCUCCGCCUGACGCAAUGGCUCAACCCUAUCCCCCGGCAACCUAUCCACCACCCCCACAGAAUGGUAUCCCUCCAGAGUAUGUUCCUCCACCACCACACCCACAUCCAGCACAGGACUAUUCGGGGCAGAGCACAGUACCCGAGCAUGCCUUGACGCUCUACACCCCAGCACAGAGCCACUCCGAACAGCCAGGCACUGAUGCCAGCACACAGUCCAUAGCAGGCACACAAACGGUACCGACAGACGAAGCAGCGCAGACAGACAACCAGACACUACACCUACCGGAGAAUGGUUCUGACAAGCAGCAGCCUAAGCGGCUACACGUUUCCAACAUCCCUUUCCGCUUCCGGGACCCUGAUCUGCGGCAAAUGUUUGGGCAAUUUGGAAAGAUCCUGGAUGUUGAGAUCAUUUUCAAUGAGCGCGGUUCCAAGGGUUUUGGGUUUGUAACUUUUGAAACUAGUGCAGAUGCCGAUCGGGCACGGGAGAAGCUGAACGGCACCAUCGUAGAGGGACGCAAAAUUGAGGUCAACAAUGCUACCGCACGGGUCAUGACAAACAAAAAGGCAGCUAAUCCCUACACAAACGGCUGGAAGCUGAACCCUGUAGUGGGUGCCGUCUAUGGCCCUGAAUUCUAUGCAGUGACCGGUUUUCCAUAUCCAGCCACAGGAACUGCAGUAGCGUACCGGGGAACGCACUUAAGGGGCCGAGGACGCACAGUCUACAACACGUUCCGAGCAGCUCCCCCACCUCCACCCAUCCCCACUUACGGAGCAGUGGUUUACCAAGACGGAUUCUACGGUGCUGAAAUUUAUGGGGGCUAUGCGGCCUACAGAUACGCCCAGCCUGCGGCAGCGGCAACAACAGCUUACAGCGACAGGGUUGGCAACUCAGCGAUUCCUCAGUUUCUAACGCUGCCCCCUGUGUUCGCUCCUAGUUACGGCAGAGUUUAUGCAGCUGCAGACCCUUAUCACCACACUAUUGGCCCUGCUGCCACCUACAGCAUCGGCACCAUGGCUAGUCUAUACCGAGGAGGGUACAGCCGCUUCACUCCCUACUAGCAAGACAGACCCAGACCCUCCUCACAGUAGUAACACUGACUGCUCCUUAGAAAUCCAGCCAAAACCCCGUGGACAUGGGCCCCUGUCCCCUUGCUGCUGGCCCUCGGCAGCCUAAAUCACCCAUCUCUUUACCUCAAGCCGCCUGCCAUGCCUCUCUUCCCACUUGUCUCUGAUGGUGUAAUGGCCACGUUUGUGUCAUUUUUGCAAAGCAGCCAGCCAGGGAGCUGGAACAGGGGCCUGCUUUUACCACACAAAGACUCACACACACACACAUCCACCCCAA